AUGCUGUCCUCUCAACUCCGACUAUGCAGUAGACGACUGGCGACUGGCAGCCCUGCCAGAGCCUUCUCAAGUCGCUCAAAUGCGCCACGCACAUCUGCCCUCGCGACCAAACGAAGGGAGCUAGGUCUGACCUACUAUAACCACUUCACCUCGCAAUACCGCCAAUAUGCCGUCGCCGCUGAGGACACCAACAAGGGUGUCGACUCCUCCGACUCCUUCUUGUCGGGAAACACCGCCAACUAUGUUGAUGAGAUGUACCACGAGUGGCAGCAGGAUCCCAAAUCCGUGCACGUCUCAUGGCAGGCAUACUUCAAGAACAUGGAAAGUGGCGAUAUGCCUGUAAGCCGUGCCUUCACACCGCCACCGACCAUUGUCCCCGGCGCCAUUCAGCCAGCAGGCGGCGUUCCAGCUCCCAGCUUUGGUUCCGCUGCGGUGGGACAGGGUAGCGAGGUCGUGAACCACUUGAAGGUCCAGCUUCUCGUGCGUGCGUACCAAGCACGAGGACACCACAAGGCGAAGAUUGACCCUCUUGGAAUCAGAGAUUUGAACACACCCGGUGGAGCUCCCAUCCCCAGAGAGCUUGACCUGAAAACAUACGAGUUCACCGAGCAGGAUAUGGAUACUGAGUUCACACUCGGACCUGGUAUUCUUCCCCGAUUCAAGACGGAGACUCGCGACAAGAUGACUCUCCGUGAGAUCAUUGAUAACUGCGAGCGCCUCUACUGUGGUUCUUACGGUGUCGAGUACAUCCACAUCCCGGACAGGGAACAGUGCGAUUGGCUUAGACAGCGAUUUGAGGUUCCUCAACCGUACAAGUACUCGGUGGAUGAGAAGCGCCGUAUCCUGGACAGACUGAUCUGGUCUUCUUCUUUUGAGGCUUUCCUCGCCACCAAGUACCCCAACGACAAGCGUUUCGGUUUGGAGGGUGGCGAGACGCUCAUUCCCGGUAUGAAGGCUCUGAUCGAUCGCUCUGUGGACUAUGGUGUCAAAGAUAUUGUCAUUGGCAUGCCUCAUAGAGGUCGAUUGAAUGUGCUUUCCAACGUCGUCCGCAAGCCAAACGAAUCCAUCUUCUCCGAGUUUGGUGGAUCUGCCGAGCCUUCUGAUGAGGGAUCCGGUGAUGUCAAGUACCAUCUUGGAAUGAACUUUGAGCGUCCCACACCAUCCGGCAAGCGCGUCAACCUCUCCCUGGUUGCCAACCCAUCGCAUUUGGAAGCUGAAGACCCUGUUGUGCUUGGCAAGACCCGUGCUAUCUUGCACUACAACAACGAUGAAGAGCACGCCAACUCUGCCAUGGGCGUUCUUCUGCACGGUGACGCUGCCUUUGCUGGUCAGGGUGUCGUCUACGAGACCAUGGGAUUCUACGCCCUCCCGGCCUACCACACCGGAGGAACCAUUCACUUGAUCGUCAACAACCAGAUUGGUUUCACCACUGAUCCUCGUUUCUCCCGGUCCACUCCCUACUGUUCCGAUCUCGCCAAGUUCGUCGACGCACCCGUGUUCCACGUCAAUGGAGACGAUGUCGAGGCUUUGAACUUUGUCUGCCAGAUGGCAGCUGACUGGCGUGCCGAAUUCAAGAAGGAUGUCAUCGUCGACAUUGUCUGCUACCGCAAGCAGGGUCACAACGAGACUGAUCAGCCUUCAUUCACCCAGCCUUUGAUGUACAAGCGCAUCAGCGAGCACCCACCAGUUCUUGAUCAGUAUGUCAAACAGCUCCUCGACGCCAAGACCUUCACCAAGGAGGACAUUGAUGAGCACAAGAAGUGGGUUUGGAACAUGCUGGAGGAGUCGUUUGAAAAGUCAAAGGAUUACCAGUCAACCUCCAAGGAAUGGCUGACCAGUGCGUGGCACGGGUUCAAGUCUCCCAAGGAGCUUGCCACCGAAGUCUUGCCCCACUUGCCAACCGGUAUCAAAUCGGAGACUCUGAAGCACAUUGCCAAGACUAUUGGUGAGCCGCCAGAGGACUUCCAGGUCCACCGCAACCUCAAGCGUAUUCUUGCCGGCCGCACUAAGACUGUGAACGAGGGCAAGAAUAUUGACAUGUCCACCGCUGAGGCGCUCGCUUUCGGUUCGCUUGUCAUGGAKGGACAUCAUGUGCGUGUUUCUGGUCAAGAUGUUGAGCGUGGAACCUUUUCCCAGCGUCACGCAGUCCUUCACGACCAGGAAAGCGAAAAGACCUACACCCCCUUGAACCACCUCAGCAAGGACCAGUCCAAGUUUGUCGUCUCCAACUCCAGCUUGAGCGAGUUCGGUGUGCUCGGCUUUGAGUACGGUUACUCCUUGUCAUCUCCCAACGCACUUGUUAUCUGGGAGGCUCAGUUCGGCGACUUUGCCAACAACGCCCAAUGUAUCAUCGAUCAGUUUGUCGCCUCUGGAGAAGUCAAGUGGCUGCAGCGAUCUGGUCUCGUCAUGAACCUUCCUCACGGAUACGAUGGUCAAGGUCCAGAGCACAGCUCUGGUCGUAUGGAGCGUUUCCUUCAGCUCUGUAACGAGGACCCGCGUAUCUUCCCAUCUCCCGAGAAACUCGAGCGCCAGCACCAGGACUGCAACAUGCAAUUGGUCUACUGCACCACCCCUGCCAACAACUUCCACAUUCUCCGUCGCCAGAUGAACAGACAAUUCCGCAAGCCUCUCAUCUCUUUCUUCAGCAAGAGUUUGCUCCGCCACCCACUUGCUCGCUCGCCGAUUGAGGACUUUGAGGGUGAUAGCCACUUCCAGUGGAUCAUCCCGGACCCAAUGCACAAGGAGGAUGCAUCAUUCAAGCUUGCUCCCAAGGAGGAGAUCAAGCGUGUCAUCCUCUGUUCUGGUCAAGUAUUCGCCGCGCUCUUCAAGCACCGUGAAGCCAACAACCUAAAACACACUGCCAUCACUCGUAUUGAGCAGCUCAACCCAUUCCCAUGGGCACAGUUGAAGGAGAACUUGGACAGCUACCCCAACGCUGAGACCAUUGUCUGGUGUCAGGAGGAACCUCUCAACGCCGGUGCAUGGUCAUUCACGCAGCCUAGAAUCGAGACUCUGUUGAACAACACCGAGCACCACGACAGGAAGCACGUCAUGUACGCCGGUCGCAACCCUAGCGCAUCGGUUGCUACUGGAUUGAAGAGCAGUCAUUUGAAGGAGGAGCAGGACUUGUUGGAAAUGGCCUGGAGCGUCAGACAGGACAAGCUCAAGGGCGAGUAG